AGGCCAUUUGCUUUUCCUAGGUAGUAAUAAGCUAUUCAUUUCACAAACCAACCAAUAAGCCUAAACUGGCCAAAAUUUUCUUCUCUUUCAACAGAAGUGAAAAGGAAAGAUCGAUAAAUAUGAACUAGUAAAAGGUCUCUUUUUUCUUCUUCAGCAAAAGUUGUAUGUUAUUCAGUUCCAUUCAAGAAACUACAAAAAGUUCAAAAACCAAGAAAUUCAACCAAUCCAUAUAUCUUCAUUGGUGGCUUUUUUUUGCAGCCAUGAAAACAGAACAAAAAUUAUCCAAGUCUUCGUGGACUAAAGUGGUGGUUAGGAAAUGGUUGAAUAUGAGGAGUAAAUCAGAGGAAUUUCAUUCAGAUCACAUAAUAGAUGGUAUGAUGGGUAGAGGAGAAAGAAGGAGGAAAAGUUGCUCCGAUGAUGGGAGUUGCGCCGUCGUACCGGAGGAAUUAUCUGAAAGUUGGUUGAUGGAAACAAAUGGAGGAAUUCAACAGCCAAUAUUGGAGAAAGAGACAUCCACUCUCACCGAUCAUCAAAACCUUAGGAUGUUCGUGGGGACAUGGAAUGUAGGAGGCAAGUCACCACAUGAAGAGCUGAAUUUAGGUGACUGGUUGAAUUCCACUGCACCAGCCGACAUUUAUGUGCUUGGGUUCCAGGAAAUUGUCCCUCUAAAUGCAGGCAAUGUAUUAGGUCCAGAGGACAAUGGUCCAGCUGCCAAGUGGCUUUCCUUGAUUCGCCAAGCAUUGAACCGUGACACUGACUCCCCCAAUCUUUCUCCUAAUUCUGAUUACACCCCAAAAUCUGAGAGAAAAAGUUCAUCAGCGUCCCUCGAUGACUUGCACCAACAACAAUCUAGUAUGAAAUCAAGGGUCAGCUUCUCAGAUUUGAUCAAAUUGGAGAAUGAACUCGAACGAGAUGAUUGGGAGAGACUCUUGAGCAUGAAUGACGACGACGUAUCGCCUAGUCCAAAUUGUCUGUCGAAUAGAUAUAACACUUCUUGCCAUGGGGAAAAUAAAUAUUGCUUAGCAGCAAGCAAACAAAUGGUUGGUUUAUUUAUAUGCAUAUGGACUCGUGCAGACUUGUAUAGACACAUUAGCAAUUUGAAGGUUUCUUGUGUUGGAACAGGCAUCAUGGGCUAUCUUGGAAAUAAGGGUUCAAUAUCGAUCAGUAUGACAUUGCAUCACAAGACAUUUUGUUUCGUUUGUACUCAUUUGGCGUCGGGAGAGAAAGAAGGUGAUGCGAUUAAAAGGAAUUCCGAUGUCAUGGAAAUAUUGAAGAAAACUAAGUUCUCACAUAAUAGGAUUAUUGGGAAGCCUCUCCCUCCUGAUCACAUUUUGGAUCAUGACAAGAUAAUUUGGCUUGGAGAUUUGAAUUACCGGCUUGCAUCGAGUUGCGAGGACACGUACGAGUUGGUAAAGACUAGUGAUUGGGAAGCACUUCUAGAAAAAGAUCAGCUAAGGAUAGAGCAAAGAGCAGGACGAAUAUUCAAUGGUUGGAAAGAAGGAAGAAUAUACUUUGCACCAACAUACAAAUACCUCUAUAAUUCUGACCAUUAUGUUGUUCAUACUUGCACUUCCAAGGAAAAGAGAAGGACCCCUGCCUGGUGUGACAGGAUAUUAUGGAAAGGUGAAGGACUAAAGCAACUAUGUUAUGUUAGAGGUGAAUCAAAAUUCUCAGAUCACAGACCAGUUUAUGCACUUUUCUCUGUAAAUAACAAUAUUACCGAAAAGUACCACAGUAAAAAAGAAUAUUUUACCACCCUUUAGUCCCAAAAAGCCCGAAAUCCCUCAACAAAUUCAGUCCAAAAGCCCGAAAUCCUGUAAACAAACAACCUUUUUAACACUGACAGUCUGACACGUGGACCCGGCCCGGCUCGUUCGAAGUUUCCGAAUUUUAAAGUGAAAUGCGGGUCACGGUGUGCUCGGUGACAAGCGUGCUGGGGUUUUGACACGUGGCUAAUCAAGAAAUGAUGUUGGUAUUUUUCAUGGCUGCGUGCCUCUGUUGAUAAUAGUAUUGGUUGAGAAAUUGGGCUCAGCUUUUGAUAUAUUUGUUUGUUUUUUUAUUUUUUGGUCUUUUUGUAUUUGGGUUAGGGAAAUUGGAAAAGAAGAAAGGGGGGAGUUUAUAGAGUAAGUUGGAAGGCCUAUUAUUUCUUAAUGUAAUUUUUUUUUUUUUUUUGGGGGGGGGGGGGGGGGGGGGUGGGGGUUAAUGUUGGUUGAGGAACUUGAGGGAAGAGGAGCAUAUGGCCUCUCGUCAAUUUUGUAACUUCAAUAUUUUUGG